UGCAACCUAAGUGUGAACGCCAGGUUGGCCAUUGCCAUCAGCAUAUCUGGAUGGUCAUCUCAGGCUGCGCUGGACAGCCGAGUGAAGACACCCCAUGCAGCACAGCCUCCGUCGCUGAUUGGCACGCGCCUGGCCUGCAUCAUCUUGCCUGCAUCAGUCCAGCCCACACAGCACAGCCCAGCGAUGGUCGCUCACCACCUGCUCACAUAUCAUCAACCCUCCGCCUACAAAUCCUCUGCCGGCCUGCUCGCGACCUCCAGGCUGUAGGCGCUGUAGACGCUGGCAGACACUGCGCUUAACGAUGCCCUUCUGAAUCAACAUGGCCGUCACGAAGAAGGGCCCCGUUCUCCGCGUCACCGGCCUCGCAGCCUCGCAGCCUGACGAGGAGCUGACGGCAUUGCUGAAGGCUGCAAUCAGCGACAGCCUCACCGACGACGAGCAAUCAAGGGUAGAUGUCAGAGUGGCUGUUGUUCCCUCCUGCUACAACGAUGAGGAAAAGGUCGCGCUGGUGGAGUGCCGUGGCGGGGUGCCUGCGUUCCUGUCAGAGCUGAUAGCCGAUCCGUUGGGGGAGUCACAGAUGGAGAUGGGCGACACGGACAUUAACUUCGACCAGCACUUCUUUGGCUUCACCCAGCUGUAUACGCCAACGCCUGACGCACCAGUUGUUGCAGAUGUGAUCGCCAUCACCGGCCUCGACGGCCACGCGUACGACUCGUGGCGGGGUGAAGGCAGCCUCGGGCGCAUGUGGCUGCGCGACUUCCUGUGCAAAGACCUGCCGUGCUGCCGCACCAUGAUCUAUGGCUACAACUCGAGGCUGUCGAGCCGCGGGGUGGACACCAUCAUGGACUACGGUCGGGGCCUUCUAGAGGAGCUCAAGAAGAUCCGGGGCACAGAGGAGCUACGACAGCGGCCGCUCUUCUUCAUUGCACAUAGCUUUGGCGGUAUAGUACUCGCCCAUUGCCUUGUCAAGGCGGUCCAGACGAUGGAAGACGACCACCCGACAAUAGCAUCCCUUUACAGGGCUACGUACGGCAUGCUUCUGUUUGGGAUCCCACACAAAGGGCUCGUCGUAGAUAAUAUGCAGAAAAUGUUGGCUGGGGAGGAUCGUCACCCGCGGAGUGCACUGCUGGAGCAGAUCAAGGAAAAGUCCGACCUGCUAGCAUCGCAGCUAGACGACUUCAGGAACCUUGUCCGAGACCGAAAGAUCGUCAGCUUCUACGAGAGAAGGCAGACGCAGCAGCUACAAUUUGACAGCGAAGGUGAGCAACGCACGCGGACAGGCGACCUUGUCACGGCGGUAGACAGCGACUCGGCGCUGCUCCAGCUUCCAGGCAAUAUGGAGGACAAGAUCCCUCUGGAUGCUGACCACUCGAUGAUUGUCAAGUUCGACAACAAGAACGCCCAAGGAUACAGCAGCGCACGGGACAAGCUUAUGCAGUUUGCGCGGGAUGCUCCGGGUGCAGUCGCAGGUCGCUUUGCGCGAGCGCAGAACAGGCCUAAACCGUCGAACAUGGUACCAUUUCCACGAGACGGUGCAUUUGUGGGCCGAAAUGAUGUCCUUGCAAAGAUUGAUGAGAUGCAUAGACGUACAGCCUCAAAGGAUCAUAGCCGAGUGGCCCUUGUGGGUCUGGGAGGUGUAGGGAAGUCACAGGUUGCUAUCGAGUACGCGUACAGAGCUAGAGAGGCUGCGCCGCACAUAUGGGUGUUCUGGGUGCACGCGAGCAACGCCGCAAGGUUUAAGCAAGCCUAUCAAGAGAUCGCCGUUAGGGUCGAGCUGCCGGGGCGCGACGAUCCAAAGACGGACAUCCUCUGCUUGGUGCACAACUGGCUCUGCGACGAGAAGAACGGGCGGUGGCUGAUGAUCGUCGACAACGCUGACGAUGAUCAAGUGUUCACCUCGACCAGCGCCAGCGCCAAUGCGGCGGCACCGUUGGCAAGCUUCCUCCCGCAAGCGGCGAGCGGCUGGAUACUGGUCACCUCGCGAGAUCUGAUCGCCGCUAUGAACCUAGUGGGAGCGAGACUUAACGUGAUUGAGGUGGAGCCGAUGGGCGAGCGCGAGGCACUGAAGCUGCUGAGGUCGAAGAUGCAGGUGGUCGAGUCUGCUGAGGGUGACGCGCGAGCGCUUGUCAAGACGCUAGAAGGCAUCCCGCUUGCUGUCACCCAUGCGGCCGCAUACAUUACAGUGAACAAACCGAUGGUGGAUAUCGCUACGUAUCUCGAGCUGUUCCGCGAGAGCGAAGAGAACCAAGCGCACCUCCUAAACGACAAGAAGGCAAGAGACAUAAGGCGAGACGCUGGUGUGUCAAGCGCGGUCAUCACCACCUGGCAACUAUCGUUCGAGCAGAUCCGAAAGACGAGGCCUGAGGCGGCGGACCUGCUCUCGCUAAUGACCAUGUUCGACAGACAGGGUGUCCCCGAACACGUAUUAUAUGAGGGCAGAAGCAAGCUGCAAUUUGCAGAAGCUGUAGGGCCAUUGCUACGAUUCUCUCUAAUCAGGGCGCAAGCUAGAGAGCAGCCAGAAAUGCGACUCCAGGAGCAACUGUUUGAGAUGCACAGCUUGGUGCAGCUCGCGACGAGGGAAUGGGUGAAGUUGCAUGGUCAAGUUGAUGUGUGGCAGAGAGCAGCGCUGCGGAUCAUGGCGGCAGCAUUUCCCAGUGGCCAGCACGAGACGUGGGCGGCUUGUCGAACUCUGCUUCCGCACUCGACAAAGGUGCUUGGCUACAGCACGGAGAAGAACGAUGAGGCGAGGCUGGACCAAGCGACGAUCGCGACCAACACGGCGUGGUACCUGAUGCUGAUGGGGCAGUAUGCAGAGGCAGAGCGGAUUGGAUGCAGUGCAGUUGCGGCAAGAGAGGAGGUGCUUGAGCGGGAGCAUCCCGACACGCUCACCAGUGUCAGCCAGCUCGGGUCGCUUGGGUCGGUGCUAGAGAGGCAGGGCAAGUACGAAGAGGCAGAAGCGAUGCAUCGACGAGCACUGCAAGGGUCAGAGAAGGUGCAUGGGCGAGAACACCCCAGUACAUUCGCCAUCGUCAGCAAGCUUGGGACGGUGCUGUCGAGGCAGGGCGAGUACGAGGAGGCAGAAGCGAUGCAUCGACGAGCGCUGGAAGGAAGAGAGAAGGCGCUUGGGCUCGAGCACCCCGAGACGCUCACCAGUGUCAGCAAGAUUGGGUCAGUGCUGGAGAGGCAGGGCAAGUACGAGGAGGCAGAAGCGAUGCAUCGACGAGCGCUGGAAGGAAGAGAGAAGGCGCUUGGGCUCGAGCACCCCGACACGCUCACCAGCGUCAGCAACCUUGGGCUGGCACUGUGGCGCCAAGGGCGGUUUGUGGACGCCGAAACCCUGGGUACACAGGUCAUGGAGACAAGGAAGAGAGCGCUUGGGCUCGAGCACCCCGACACGCUCACCAGUGUCAGCCAGCUCGGGUCGGUGCUGUCGAGGCAGGGCAAGUACAAGGACGCAGAAGCGAUGCAUCGACGAGCGCUGGAAGGGUGCGAAAAGGCGCUUGGGCUCGAGCACCCCGAGACGCUCACCAGUGUCAGCCAGCUCGGGUCGGUGCUGUCGAGGCAGGGCAAGUACAAGGACGCAGAAGCGAUGCAUCGACGAGAUCUAGAAGGGUCAGAGAAGGUGCUUGGGCUCGAGCACCCCGACACGCUCACCAGCGUCAGCCAGCUUGGGUUGGUGUUAUGGAGCCAAGGGCAGUUUGCUGACGCCGAAACCCUAGAAAUACGGGUGAUGGAGACAAGGAAGAAGAUGCUUGGAGAUGACCAUCCAGACACGCUGACGGCAAUGGCCAACCUCGCGUUCACGCUCAGGUCGCAAGGUCGCAAGCAGGAGGCUAUAUCGCUAAUGGAAGCAUGCGUUCAAGCACAGACACAAGUCCUCAGGCCUAGCCAUCCUGACACUGAGUCUUCUACAGCGACGCUGAACCUGUGGCGUUUAGAGAGCCUCGAUCUAGGGACGUGA